AUGCCGCCUACCCCAUCCCUCUCCUCCAAAGUCAUCCUGAUAACCGGCGCAAACAGCGGCAUAGGAAAAGCCACCGCCCUCUCCCUCGCCACCCUAAACCCAGCACAACUCUGGAUCGCCGCCCGUAACGUCGCAAGCGGCCAUGCUGCCGUCGCUGAGAUAAAAGCUGCAGCACCGGCCAUCGAUGUUCGCUUCGCAGAAUGCGAUUUGGCUAACUUCGACUCAGUAGCAAGAGCGGCGAGGGAAGUGGUGGAGGGUUGUGGAGGGCGAUUGGAUGUUUUGAUGCUGAAUGCGGGGAUCAUGGGCGGUCACCCCGGCACAACACCCCAGAGCCAUGAGCUCCAAUUCGGGACGAACCACGUCGGCCAUGCCCUCCUCCUCAAACUACUCACUCCGCUUCUGCUCUCCACCGCGGAAGAAACUGGAUCAACACCCCGAGUCAUCUCCGUCAGCUCGCGGGGCCACGCUCAUAUCGCCGCUCUACCAGCCGGCGGCAUCGCGUUCGACACGUUGGAAUCCUCCCAAACUGAUUUGUCAGGCGUGAACAAAUACACGCAAUCCAAACUCGCCAACGUGGUCUACGCGCGCCAAUACGCGUUACACUACGCGCAGAUCAUCAGUGUGGCGAUCCACCCUGGUGAUGUUUUGACGGAGAUCUUCAAUAAAGGCGCGGAAGGAGGUGAUGAGCAGAUCAAGUAUCUGGCGCGGGAGGUGGCGCCUAAGAGGUGUGGGUCGCUGGAGGAAGGGAUCAAGAAUGGGGUUUGGGCGUCAACUGCGGACGGUGUGCUGAGCGGACGGUAUUAUGAACCUGUGGGUGUGUUGGGUAUGGGGAGUGAGCUUUCCAAGGAUACGAAGCUGGGAGAGAAGUUGUGGGCCUGGACGCAGAGGGAGAUGGAAGGGUGGGAGCUCUAG